GAAGAUAUUUCUUUUGUAGAGCAUCAAGAACAAACCUUAUUAACGCAACCCCAUGAAGGACACUUAUUAAUAAGCAAUGACAUUGUAAAAGAUAAAAAUAUGGUUAAAGAGGAAAAUAUAGUUAAAAAGGAAGAUUUGGUUGAAGAGGGAGGUAUAGUUGAAGAGGGAGGUAUGGUUGAAGAGGGAGGUAUGAUUGAAGAGAAAGGCAUGGUUAAAGAGGAAG